AUGUCGCAUUCGAAGCAAGGCGUCUACGUACCGUUGCCGCAAUCUCUCAGCGACUCUGAGUCGGAUAAAGAAGAGAAAUCCAACGGCAUCGAAUCGUCGAAUCUCAAGUUCACCCAGCCGAGGAACGGGCACCCGCACCUGCCCGACUUCCAGCACGAUUUAGGUAAAAUAAAGAUCAAAAGCGUUAGAAAAUUGAGCGCACGCCGCAAAAUCGCACUGACUUUUUCCGUAUUCGUGUGUUUCCUGCCUAUUGUCAUACUACUAUGGAUCCUACCGUGUCAAGAUACAAGCACUUGUUCGCUGAAAAUCGGCAACUGGGAAUCGUCGCACGACGACGUCGAAUUUCUGGGACCCAUAAACCUGAUCAGGGGCAUAUUCCACAAGAAUUGGAACCUCGCUUUGAUUUACAAAGGCAGCUUUAAAAGCUCGAAAGCGUUCAAAAACGGCGUGCUAUCGGUACUGGGCGACAACGGAGCAGUCGCUUGGGACUUCCAGCAGGAGAGCUUCCCCAGCGAAAUGAACUGCACCAUCUUAGACGCGACAAACGGUGGAUUGUACGAUUGCUUGGUGGUGGACGGUAAAGGAUUGAAAGCGAUCGAACCGGUUUCGGGCGAAGCCCUGUGGCACGCUCACAGCUUGGAAGGCAAAUCCAUUCCGGAAUUGGGAAUGCCCAUCAAAAUAGACGAUUUAGACAAAGACGGUGUAAACGAACUACUAGCCGUGUACAAAAAGAGCGACUUGUUGAUAAUAUCGGGCAAGACCGGUCGGGCUCUCUCCAACAUACGAUUACCAUCGAUAUGCUCUUCUAUUAAUCUACUUAAACUCAACAGUAUAAACUCGAUUAAAUACGUGUGCACGAAAACCGGAGACGCCGAAGCGACCUACGAAAUAUCAAUGCAAGAUAUCGAAUCGAAAUACUUGGACUCCGGAGCCAACAUUAAACUGAAUGUAGUCCAAAACGAGGCCAAUUCGACGUACAUUAAAGCCGGUAACAAAAAAUUAGUAGUGAACAACAUCAACAUUUGCCCUAAAUGCAACAGCAUUGUAACAUUGUUCGAUUCGAACAACACCAAAGUGGAUUCGUGGACGUUCGAUAACACCAUCAUCAUGAAUCCCAUACCGUUUACGUUCCCUUCAUCGAGACCGUUGUACUCGUUCGAAACGUACAUACACGGAUUCAUCCUGAAAAUGUGGUACUGGCAGGAAGAUUCGUUGAAAUUAUCGCCGGUGACUAGAAUUUACAAGAGAAACGUGCCCAUACACAACGAAACGUUCCAUUUGAACAAAGUAUCCGAACGAGUAAUCCUGAUAAUACUGAAAGAUAACGACGUGAGGAUAGAAAACGUCAGCCUGACGGACAUUUAUUUGAUUUGCAACGGACCACAGCACCACAAUUGCCAGCCCAAUCACAACAACCAGAAGGAUUCCCUGCUGAUAGCCGAUCUGGACUUUGACAAUUUGAUGGAAUUGAUCAGUUUUAGUUCCACGUACAAGCAAAUCGACGUGGACGGUUACGAUACGUGGCAUCUCACUUCUAAAUUGAACGUGUUUAGAUUAGAGAGCGAGUUUCCUAAGUUGUUGAAAAAUAAAUAA